CCCUUGACUGCAAAACCCUACUAAAAACCCCAGUCUUUGAAUCAGAAACCUCCUCCUUUGGCUUUUUCUAACAUUAAAAACCAAAAAACCAAAAAACCCGUCAAUGGAACAAUCUCAAGAAAGAGAAGACUUAACUCUGGUGACGAGAAAGCCAUGUUUUGGUCUACCCACGGCCUGCCCAACUUGCUUGCCCAUUUACAUUUAUCUCAAACUCGCUCGCUUUCCCUUUCUCUUAGAUUUCAACUCUUCUUACCCUGACUCUGAUCAAAUUCCUUACGUUGAGUUGGGGACUUAUGUGGCUUACAAUAAUGAGAAUGGUGGAGUUAUUGCACGUUUAAAGGAAGAUGGCAUUGUUGAUUUGGACAGUGAAUACCAGUCAAUCCCAGAUUGGAUAACAACAAAAGCAAUGAUUAAUUCGUGGCUUGCAGAUGCACUUAUGUAUGAACUUUGGUUGGGGACUGAAGGAAGUUCUGCUCGCAAGAUAUAUUUCUCUGAUCUAGCAUGGCCGAUUGGGAAAGUUUUGCUCCAACUGCAAAUCCAAAAAGUAAAGCAGCAAUUGGGGAUAAAUAAAGACAAUAUUGAACGAAAGGAAAAAGAGAUUUACAGGAGGGCAAACAUUGCAUAUGGAGCUUUGUCAAGUAGAUUAACAGAGCAUUACUUUCUGUUUGAGAACAGUCCGUCAAGUGUGGAUGCAGAUCUUCUUGCUCAUGUACUCAUCACUCUUCAAGUAUUACCAGAAACAUCGGUUCUGCGGAGUAAACUGUUAAAUCAUGAUAAUCUUGUAAGAUAUGCUGAAAAACAUAAAGUGGACUUGAUAGAGGAUGGCCCAUCAUCUUCAGUCCCUCAGUUUCACUCAAACCCAUCAUCAGCAACUCCCCGAAGAGGUCCCCCAAAUUGGAAAUCAAAGCCGAAGACAAAACCUAAGAGGGAAAAGACAAAGGAGGAAAAAACGUUCAGAAAGAGGGCCAAAUACUUUUUGGCAGCACAGUUGUUUGCAGUUGUGCUCUUUCUGUCUGUCAUGGGCGGAUCUGAUUCUUCAGAAGUGGAACUUGAUGAUGAAGAAGACCUCAGUAUUGAGUGAAAGUCAAAUGACUGCACAAAGAGGAUGAUGCUUUCUUAUUGCCCUUUGAUUUUUGUGGUUUCAUUUUGUAACUCUGGAGAAUAAACAAACCUUCACAAAGCAUAAAGAUAAGUUAUGUGCAGUAGAUCAAUGUAUUUUUCGUGGCAGAGUAAAAGGAAUAAGAAAAGAAAUUCUUGUUGGGUUUUAAUAUCAGAGUUUUCAUUGAAAUUUCA